AUGGACGGAUUUGACGAGGAAGCAUUUAAUAAAUUCUUCCCUUCUAGCUUCGGUAAGCAAGAGAAGUCUGUCGAUGUUGACUCGCAGAUCAACCGCUCCAAGCGCACCGAGGUUUCGGCUCAACCCACAUUCGAAGGCAAUGAACCAAGCACUUCCACGAGCGCCCUUGCAGCGCAGUUAAAAGGCAGCGGAGACGAGGAAAAGGAUGAUGAAGAUGAAAGUGACAGCAGCGAUGAAGACUCGGAGGACGAUGAGGAUGAAUUUCCCGUAUCGCAUGAACUUGUUCUCAAGACCCAUGAGCGUGCUGUCACAACUAUGACCGUGGACCCUUCAGGCGCACGACUAAUCACAGGCUCGACCGAUUGUACGUUGAAGUUCCAUGAUUUUGCCUCAAUGACGCCGUCAACAAUUCGCGCCUUCAAGUCUGUCGACCCGUCCCUCAAGAAACAAUCGGCAGCGCAGGACACCCACGCCGUUCACUAUGCCGCUUUCAAUCCGCUUUCGCCAAGUCAUGUACUUAUUGUGACCGCAACAGCACAGCCCCGGAUUCUAGACCGUGAUGGUGAAACCCUUACCGAGUUUGCAAAGGGAGAUAUGUACCUGCGCGAUCUACACCAUACCAAAGGUCAUGUCUCUGAAGUGACGUGCGGUGCCUGGAGCCCCUCGAAUCUCAACUUGUGUGCAACUGCUGGAAGUGACAGUACCAUUCGAAUCUGGGAUGCGAAUGUGGGCCGCUCGCAGAGGGAGGUUAUUAUGCACAAGUCGCGGGCAGCAGGCUCCGCUGGCCGAACCAAGAUGACUGCUAUCGCAUGGGGCACUCCGAAACAGGGAGGGUCCGACAUCCUAGUAGGGGCAGCUCUUGAUGGUAGCCUGGCCAUGUGGAGUGGGAAUGGACCCUACACAAGGCCUAGCGCCGAAAUUCGUGAUGCCCAUGUCAAAGAUACAUGGACAAGCGGUGUUGAUAUUAGCGCCGAUGGAAGACUUGUUAUCACCCGAGGUGGCGAUGAUACCAUCAAGCUAUGGGACACCCGAAAGUUCAAAGCACCGGUUACUACCAUCGAGCACAAAUCGACAUCCUCACGCUAUCCGACCUCAAAUAUCAAGUUCUCUCCCUCAUCUGCAAAUGUGCUCGUGGGAUCGGAGACCGGUCACCUACACAUUCUCAACCCAGCCACGCUGAAACCAGAGAUGGUGACCCCUGUCACACCGGGUUCGCCUCUAAUUACUGUGCUCUGGCAUGAGAAGCUCAAUCAGAUCCUGACGGGCUCUGCGAAUGCUGAAACGCAUGUCCUUUAUAACCCCACAACAUCUUUCAAGGGUGCCGCGACGGUCAUGUCUAAGGCACCAAAACGCCGCCACGUCGAUGACAAUGUCACUCUGACUUCGGACUUGACUCAAGGGCUGGCAGGAGAUUCCGUUGUUGUUGGCUCCAACGGUGUCCCACACUAUAGCUCGGCUACCUGGUCUGCCCGACACCCCAAUGUUGGACUGACAGCUUCUGGUCGCUCUCGAGACCCUCGCCGGCCACAUUUGCCUCUGCAAACACCGUUUGCCCAGUCUACGCCAGAUGAGAAACACAUUCGUGAAAAUAUUCCCCUCAGUUCUAUGCGAGAUGAGGACCCGCGGGAGGCACUGUUAAAGUAUGCUGAGAAGGCCGAGAAGGACCCAAUAUUUACCAAGGCAUACAAGGAGACACAGCCCGAUGCCAUCUAUGCAGAGCUGAGUGAUGACGAAGAGAAAGGACCUGAAAAGAAGAAGGCUAGACGAUGA